AGCAGGCACAAUACCAAGUACAUUGACUAGGAUAUUACAGUUGCAUUUGUCCUCCUCAUGUCCUUGAAAGGACUCAACAUUUCAUCCACUCAUUCUCUCUCCCUCAGCAUACAAUCCAUCAUUGGCUCUUUCAAGAAAAGGUUGAAAAAACAACUUGGUCGUCACAUGUUAUGCAUCGAUCAUCUUUCUAGCCCCCUCUUUCUGGAUGUCAGAUUAAAAAACAAUUACAGAAGUUAGCUGGUUAAAUACACUGAAAGUGCAAAUCUUUUAGAGAAUGAAUGGUCUUCCACUUCCAGAACCAGAUCUUUCUGAGUUCGUUGAAGUUGAUCCCACCGGAAGAUAUGGAAGAUACAACGAAAUUCUAGGAAAGGGGGCUUCAAAGACAGUCUAUAGAGCAUUCGAUGAGUUUGAGGGGAUUGAAGUUGCUUGGAACCAAGUCAAGCUCUAUGAUUUCCUACAAAGUCCCGAAGACCUUGAGAGGCUGUAUUGUGAAAUUCACCUGCUCAAGAUAUUGAACCACAAAAACAUUAUGAAGUUCUACACAUCUUGGGUUGAUACUGCCAAUAGGAAUAUCAAUUUUGUCACUGAAAUGUUCACUUCUGGAACUCUCAGACAGUAUAGGCUGAAGCACAAAAGGGUUAAUAUUAGGGCAGUGAAGCACUGGUGCAGACAGAUCUUAAACGGACUACUAUAUCUUCAUAGCCAUGAUCCUCCAGUGAUCCACAGAGAUCUCAAGUGCGAUAACAUCUUUGUGAAUGGGAAUCAAGGAGAAGUUAAAAUUGGAGAUCUUGGUCUAGCUGCUAUCCUUCGAAAAUCACAUGCUGCUCACUGUGUUGGAACUCCUGAGUUCAUGGCACCAGAAGUGUAUGAAGAGGAAUAUAAUGAGCUGGUUGACAUCUAUUCAUUUGGGAUGUGCAUAUUGGAAAUGGUUACUUUUGAAUACCCAUAUAGUGAAUGCACUCAUCCCGCCCAGAUCUACAAGAAAGUCAUAUCUGGGAAGAAACCAGAUGCACUGUAUAAAGUGAAGGAUCCUGAAGUUCGUGAAUUUGUUGAGAAGUGUUUGGCCACUGUCUCGUUAAGGCUCUCUGCGAGGGAGCUUUUGGAUGAUCCAUUCCUUCAACUUGAUGAGAGUAUAUCAGAUUUAAGGUCCAUCGUGUGCAGGAGAGAGCUUGAUUACAUGAACCCAAUAUUAAGACCGCCAGUUCUUGGGCUUGAUUGUGACGGAACAUCAUUUAGUAAUGAUUUGUAUAAUGGAUAUUGCACUGGUUAUGCCUAUGAUGAAAAGGGAUGGAUUUGUGAUCCAAAUGAAUUUGAGCAAAAUGGAAUUGAACUUUUUGAAUAUAAUGACGAUGAACGCGAAGAGCAUUCUUCUCAUUUGGAUAUAACUAUCAAAGGGAAGAGAAGAGAGGAUGGCAGUAUCUUCUUAAGACUUAGAAUUUCAGACCAAGAAGGCCGUAUUAGGAAUAUAUAUUUCCCAUUUGAUAUCGAAUCUGAUACGGCAAUAAGUGUGGCCACUGAAAUGGUAGCAGAGCUGGAUAUCACCGACCAAGACGUUACCAAGAUAGCAGAUAAGAUAGAUGGGGAGAUUUCAAAGUUAGUGCCUAAUUGGAGACCCGGGGGAGGAUUAGAACUAGACACCUCUCACUUUACAAAUCCCAGCUUCUGUUUCAACUGUGCUUCCAACCAUACUUCCACAGGUUCCUUGAUGAAUUUCCUGUCAAACAAUCCAACUGCCAAGACUCUACCAUUCCUACAAUGCAGUAGUUGUGCUACUCAUGGACGGUUCGAGGAGGUCACAUAUCAGGCAAACAGUCCUGGCAAAAUUUGUUCUAAGCAUGAAAACCAUACAGCUUCAUCAACUCAAAUAAAUGAAUUUCUUCAUCUGGAAUACUGGGACCGCCAUGAUAUCCUUGAGUGCAGCUCUGUUUGCUCUCUUGAAGAAAGUGAAAAACAAUAUCAAGAAGUUCCCCCAGAGGGUAAAAAAGUCUCAGUGGAGUGAUUUUCUUCUUCUUGACAUCUUCCUACACCAUUAUCGUCUGAGUUUUUUUCUUGCCAAAGUUGAGAGGAUUUGCUUUACUUCCAGAGUUCAUGAUCGUCGUUCCACUGAACAAAAACUGAGUGGGAUUUCAACCCUAAAUUGUGCACAAAUUUGAAUGCCAAGAAUUAUUACAAGAGCAGCCCCAGUUCUGGUAACCCGAAGGGCCUGAAAAUGUGAGGCGAACCAUACGCUCAUUUUAGUAGUGUCCUUGAACGUAUUUUCACUGCUAAAGAUUUCUUUGUCAACAUAUCUUCCAAACACACUAUAACACGUCAUAAAUUCAUUGGUUGAUGUUGGUUUAUAUGCACAUUUCUUGCUCUGUGCAUUUGUUCUGCCUUUGCAUCCAAGCUCAUCUCUCUUUAUAUCACUAUUGGGGUGGCUAUCCAGUAUAUUAUGUCUUGCUGAGAAAAUAAAGUAGAGAAAACAGAAUGACUGUAUUAUUAAAGUAUUUAAUUAUCUUAUUAAAGUGUAAAUUAUUA